AUGAAGCCCGCCGCCCUCCUCUCCCUCGCAGCCACCGCCACGGCGGCCCUGCACCCAGGAACCCCCCAACACAUCCUCCAAAACCCCUCCGCCGACGAUGAUGCCUCGACCUCCCGCAUCCCGACCUCCUACGAGUCCGCCGUCAUGGCCCGCCGCAUCCUCGCGCACACCAAGCUCGCCGAGCUCUCCACCGUCUUCCCCGCCGGCGCCCGCUCCGCCUCCGGCACCGACCUCUCCGGCGUCCCCAUCGGCCUCAUGGACUACGUCGCCGACUGCGAGGACCAGGGCGACCCCACCAUCCUCGCCAUCACCAUCGCCACCUCCUUCAAGAACGUCCGCGCCGGCUCCAACAUCUCCCUCUCCAUGCACUGGGUCCCGCCCUACCCGCCCGCCAAGCGCAUCUCCCUCCUCUCCUCCCUGAAGAACCGCCUCUUCGGCUCCUCCUCCUCCUCUGAGGAUAGCAGCAGCACCCCCGACACCGUCCCCUACUCCGCCGCCAACCUCCCCCGCUUCUCCCUCAUGGGCUACCUCGAAAAGAUCCCCGCCGACCCCGUCGCCGCCGUCAGGCUCGCCUCCUGCUUCGUCGCCAAGCACCCGGACAGCAAGUACUGGCUCCCCGGCAGCCCCGUCCACGAGUCCGAGUGGGUCCGCCUCGUCGUCACCUCCGUCUACUGGAUCGGCGGCUUCGGCGACCGCGCCUACAUCGGCUGGAUCCCCCUCGACGAGUGGCGCCGCGUCACCCGCGACGAGUACGAGGCCAUCAAGCUCCCCGGCGAGGAGCGCGGCUGGAAGGAGUGGAGCGUCGACAGCUGGUUCGACGGGAGCGAUCUUUGA